GGGUUGCAUCAAGUUGCAUCAAUCCAUUUAAACCGUGCAUUUUGGUGGUAAAUUAAUAAAUUAUAGAGAAAAAUAUACAGAGAAAUGGCGGUUGCCCAUUUAUGUCUGUCUUCCCGUUUUCUUUGCAAGCUUUGACCUUUGAAAACUAAAAACAACCGCUCAAUUCUCACAUAACACAAAUUCAAGAAAAAAAAAUUUUCUUUUUCUUGUUUAUUGCUCUUAAUACAUCUCACCCCACGUUUUACCAACACCUAGAGGAAAGCUAGCUCAAUACCCACCUAGCUAAUCACCUCCACAAUUUUUUCAAACUAAAAUCCAUACAAGAAUCACAAAUCUGUGAAAGAAAUAGAAUCUUUUUGAAGUUGGGCUCCUCUUCUUGUUCUCUAUAACAAACAAGUAUAGUUUCUUCAUGUUCAACUAUCUCAUGUUUUUCUUCUGUUAGUUUCGUGUCCCUUGUACGUACUUUUCCGUGACCAUUAAAAUGGCUCGUGCUCUUGAGCAAGAACAAGAGAGUUUGAGGUCUAGAUUGUUUCAUUUCAAAGGGAUGAAUGAGAAUUCGGGAGGUCGUCAUGUGAAGAGUCUGAGCGUUGAUGACAGCUGUAGUUUCGAACAGCUGAGAGACCAAUCGGAGAAACAACAGAGUGCAAGCGUGUCUAAUGGGAACGAAAAGGAUCCUAAGUCAAGGUUAAGCAAGGAUGAUGCUCCUGUUGCUCAAGCCAAAGAUAAACAAAAUGCAGAUAUGGAACAGAUGAAGGAAAGGUUUGCUAAAUUGCUUUUGGGAGAGGAUAUGUCUGGAGGAGGAAAGGGUGUCUCCUCUGCUCUGGCAUUGUCAAAUGCCAUUACAAAUCUUGCUGCUUCUGUCUUUGGUGAACAAUGGCGUCUGGAGCCAAUGUCAGCAGAAAGGAAAGCACGGUGGAGAAAAGAAAUUGAUUGGCUAUUGUGUGUGACUGAUUACAUCGUUGAAUUUGUUGCUUCUCAGCAAAAAUCCAAGGAUGGGUCGAAUAUGGAGAUAAUGGUGACAAGACAGCGAAUUGAUCUUCACAUGAACAUCCCCGCGUUGCGAAAGCUUGAUGCAAUGCUUAUUGACUGCUUGGAUAACUUCAAAGACCAAAAUGAGUUCUAUUAUGUUUCAAGAGAUGCCCCUGACUCAGAAAAAGGCAGCACCAAGAGAAAAGAUGAUAAAUGGUGGCUACCUACUGCUAAAGUUCCGUCAAAUGGUCUAUCAGAAGCGGCGAGAAAGUUUCUGCAGUAUCAGAAGGAUUGCGUGAACCAGGUACUGAAAGCAGCCAUGGCUAUAAAUGCUAAUGUUCUAUCAGAAAUGGAGGUUCCUGAAAACUACAUAGAAUCUCUUCCCAAGAAUGGUAGGGCAAGCCUCGGGGACUCGAUUUAUAGAAGUAUUACAGUUGAAUUCUUUGAUCCUGACCAAUUCCUGUCCACCAUGGACUUAUCAUCAGAGCAUAAAAUCCUAGACCUGAAGAACAGAAUUGAGGCUUCUAUAGUGAUUUGGAAGAGGAAGAUGAACCAGAAAGAUGGGAAAUCUGCUUGGGGUUCUGCUGUCAGUUUGGAGAAGAGAGAACUCUUCGAAGAGAGAGCAGAAACCAUCUUACUCAUUCUCAAGCAGAGGUUCCCUGGAAUUCCUCAAUCUUCACUAGACAUUAGCAAAAUUCAAUACAACCGGGAUAUAGGGCAGGCAAUUCUGGAAAGUUACUCAAGAAUUCUAGAAAGCUUGGCCUACACUGUCAUGUCUCGAAUUGAAGAUGUGCUCUAUGCUGAUUAUGUCACUCGAAAUCCAUCAUAUGCUGGACAGAAGAGGAACCCUUUAAAAGAGACACCUCAAGAAAGCACACCACCCAUGGACGACCCAGCCACAGAGGGACCCAAUUCAAUGACACUGUCAGAUUUUAUGGGUUGGAAUUUUGAAUCAAAUGACACUGAAGCAAAGAAGGAGCCAGCUGGAAAUUCAGAUGAAAUAGUCAAAGAAGAUAAUUUGAAUUCGAAGUUAGUCAAAGAAGAUAAUUCAAAUUUGAAGUUAACAGAAAAACUUGUUAACAUAGUAAACAUCAAGAAACCUUCCUAUCUUGAGAACUUAGGAGGUGUAAGAAGCCCGACAGCACGCCAUUGAUAGCAACGAUACAGGGAGGAAAGGAAGGGAAAGGAAAGGGAUAACCAUGUCACAACAACCAUACAAGAGAAACACAGAAGAAGGGUGAGAAAGCCUGGUAUUGAAAUAUGAAUUCUGGUGGUUCUUUCUGUCAAGAGUUUUCUUAUUUUCAUUCUAUUCCUUCCUUUUGUAAAUAGGGAAGAAAGCAUAUAAGUGUAAAAACUAUUGUAUUUGAAGCAUUUCAUACAUUCUUUCAUUUGUACAUGAAAUGCACAUGUAGUAUGUUAGACUCAAAGGUCAUUUUUUUGGAUGGGUUCAAAAUGGACAAAAUUCAUUUUUUUU